AAGCAGUGCGCACUCACGCGUGCGCGAGCUGGCGCGCGAGAAAGGGCCCGGUAGCGUCGAGGCUCGAGCGGCUGUCGCCAUUUUGUAGGGUUCGCUCUGACGCGGGAGCCGCUGCCGCCGCCGCCACCCGGAGGCUCUUGUCAGGAUGGUGAAGCUGUUCAUCGGAAACCUGCCCCGGGAGGCCACAGAGCAGGAGAUCCGCUCUCUUUUCGAGCAGUAUGGGAAGGUGCUGGAAUGUGACAUCAUUAAGAACUACGGCUUUGUGCACAUAGAAGACAAGACAGCAGCCGAGGAUGCCAUACGCAACCUGCACCAUUACAAGCUUCAUGGGGUGAACAUCAACGUGGAAGCCAGCAAGAAUAAGAGCAAAGCUUCAACCAAGUUACACGUGGGUAACAUCAGCCCCACUUGUACCAACCAAGAGCUUCGAGCCAAGUUCGAGGAGUAUGGUCCCGUCAUCGAAUGUGACAUUGUGAAAGAUUAUGCCUUCGUACACAUGGAGCGGGCAGAGGAUGCAGUGGAGGCUACAAAAAUGAGUUAUAAUAAAGUCUUCUUACAUCUGUUUCUUCAAGGCAAAAGAAUGCAUGUGCAGUUGUCCACAAGCCGGCUUCGGACUGCCCCUGGGAUGGGAGACCAGAGUGGCUGCUAUCGGUGUGGGAAAGAAGGGCACUGGUCCAAAGAGUGUCCAGUAGAUCGUACAGGUCGUGUGGCAGACUUUACUGAACAGUAUAAUGAACAGUAUGGUGCAGUUCGCACACCUUACACCAUGGGCUAUGGGGAAUCCAUGUAUUACAACGAUGCAUAUGGAGCACUCGACUACUAUAAGCGAUACCGGGUACGCUCUUAUGAGGCAGUAGCAGCAGCGGCAGCAGCUUCUGCAUACAACUACGCAGAGCAGACCAUGUCCCAUCUGCCUCAAGUCCAAAGUACAACUGUGACCAGCCACCUCAACUCUACUUCUGUUGAUCCCUACGACAGACACCUACUGCCAAACUCUGGCGCUUCUGCCACUUCAGCUGCUAUGGCUGCUGCUGCAGCCACCACUUCCUCCUAUUAUGGAAGGGACAGGAGCCCACUGCGUCGUGCUGCAGCCAUGCUCCCCACAGUUGGAGAGGGCUACGGUUAUGGGCCAGAGAGUGAGUUAUCUCAGGCUUCAGCAGCUACACGGAAUUCUCUGUAUGACAUGGCCCGGUAUGAACGGGAGCAGUAUGUCGACCGAGCCCGGUACUCAGCCUUUUAAAAACUAGAGGUGUGAACCUCAAAUGGACUGAAUAACCUUGAGUUGGUUGCAGUCCCAGGAGCCUGAUGUUAAUGAGGCUGCCAGGAUGAAAUACUCCAGAACUGUUGGGGAUCCAAAUUCGGGUCUCACCCUAGCAGAACUGAUCCAAGAACGUCACAACUUUUGAAGUCGAUUGGCACAGAUCAAGACCAAGAUUUGGCCCUUUGUCUGUAAUAAGUAGAGGAACUUGGUGUGAGUUAACUUUUUUUUUCCCCCAGCCAUUGGUGUCUGGAGUUCCCAUCAUCAGUAGAAGAAUUAGAGAAUUCUAGGAGUGAUUUCUUCUUUUGAUUUGGCAAGGGAGAUUUGGUCAAUUAGGGAAACUACUGGAACUAUGGCUCUAACUCUGUGAGUGUGAUGACAUGUAGGUGUGGUGGAAUUGGGUGAAUGACUGGCUGCUCCUUGAUACCCUACCCUUGUGACCAUCAUUUGUGAAAGCUUGUUUACUGUGAAAGAUUAAAACAAAACAUUUAGAAUAGUGCAAUUGGCCACAUAAGACAUCUCAGCAUCUUCUGCUUUUCCUGGACCCCAAAAUUAAAUUGCAGUUCUUGAUAAUGUUUAUAUGCCCUUUGUUGCAGCAACAGUAGACUUCUGUCACAGGGGUUAUCUUGCCUAAAAGGUGGAUAAGAAAGGUUUAUCACCAACACAUUCUUCAGCUAGAUUGCAUCUUGUCCUAUAUAUGUACCCAGAAGUAGAUUCCUAUAUAUAGCUAUUAGACUCCUAGGUAAUUAUAUGGGAUGUGAGUUAGAUCCAGUCUGACUUGGUUUUGUUUUCUUCUUUGUCCCCCCUCUCCCCCAAUACAGGACGGGAUCCAGGGCCCUUGUACUCGGAGCCAGGCUGCUCUCCAGGCAUUGUGUAAGCCUCUUGUGUUGUGCUCUCUUUCAGGUAGGAUAAUUGCGGACUGAACCCUCGGGCUGCGGUCAUAUAUGAGAACUUGCUCCGCGCGGUCCCCUUUGCCGGGAUGUUUCCAUUGCUUCAUGUUUCAGUAAACAAAAGGAGUUUGUGACCAACUAUGUUUUCUUUCUUAAUUCUUCUAAGUUGACUUUUCUUUCCUCCUGAUACUAGUCUCUGUAGCCUUUCACUCUGUUCCUUAUAUUCUCAGGCUCUGAGCAGCCCUAGGUAAGGAUUAUGCUGGCAUCCCCUUUUUCCUGUGCAGUGGAACCUCUUAUCUUGCUUUCCCUAGGAGUUGAAUCCUUCUCCCUGCCUACCUGCAGCAUUUCCUUUCCCUUUAAAAUGACCAUGUAGUGACAAGCAGCCUUUUACUGUCCUCUGUUAGCUCUGGACUCUUAACAUUGAAGUUAAAUCUUCUGAAAUUGGUAGGACCAUUGGGGGUUUUGUUGUUUUGUUUUGUUUUGUUUUCUAUGUCUGACCUGUGAUCGUGGUACAGCAUUAGCUGAAAUUUAGCCUUGUUUUACUCCACUCCUCCCCUUUUUUAAAAUUUUUUGACAAAUAAACGUUUCUAACACUUAAGUAUCUUUUUGUGUUUGUGU